GCAUACCCCACUUCCCCGCCCCCACCUGGGUCCGCCCGCGCCCGGCGACCCGGUGGGCUCUCCGAUGCACGGCGGCUGGCGAAGGCAAGCCUACAAGCAGCACUCGCUGUCGAAGGUGAAUGAGCCACACCAGCGCGAGCCUCACGCGCGCCACGCAGCCGCCGCCGCCGCCGCCGCCUUCGCCCUGGACGCCGCGGCCGCCGCCGCCGCCGCCGGCCUGUCCCGCGAGCGCGCCCUCGACUACUACGGCCUCUACGACGAGCGCGGCCGCCCCUACGGCUACCCGGCCGUGUGCGAGGAGGACCUGAUGCCCGAGGACGACCAGCGCGCCACGCGCAACCUCUUCAUCGGGAACCUGGACCACAGCGUGUCGGAGGUGGAGCUGCGGCGCGCCUUCGAGAAGUACGGCAUCAUCGAGGAGGUGGUGAUCAAGAGGCCGGCGCGCGGCCAGGGCGGCGCCUACGCCUUCCUCAAGUUCCAGAACCUGGACAUGGCCCACCGGGCCAAGGUGGCCAUGUCCGGCCGGGUGAUCGGCAGGAACCCCAUCAAGAUCGGCUACGGCAAGGCCAACCCCACCACCCGCCUCUGGGUGGGCGGCCUGGGGCCCAACACCUCCCUGGCCGCGCUGGCCCGCGAGUUCGACCGCUUCGGCAGCAUCCGCACCAUCGACCACGUCAAGGGCGACAGCUUCGCCUACAUCCAGUACGAGAGCCUGGACGCGGCCCAGGCGGCCUGCGCCAAGAUGCGGGGCUUCCCGCUCGGCGGGCCCGACCGCCGGCUGCGCGUGGACUUCGCCAAGGCGGAGGAGACGCGCUACCCGCCGCAGUACGCGCCCGCGCCGCUGCCCGUGCACUACGAGCUGCUGGCCGACGGCUACGCGCGCCACCGCGGCCUCGACGCCGACCUGCGCGUGCGCGACCGGACCCCGCCGCACCUGCUCUACUCGGACCGGGACCGGACCUUCCUGGAGGGCGACUGGCCGGGCCCGGGCAAGGGCUCGGACCGCAGGACCGGCCUGGAGGGCUACGGGCGCUCGGCGCGCAGCCGCAGCGGGGAGCGCUGGGGCGCCGACGGGGAGCGCGCGCCGCCCAAGCCCUGGGAGGAGCGGCGCAAGCGCCGCAGCCUGUCGGGCGAGCGCGCGCGGGCCGCCCACUCCCCCUACGAGGAGCGCGGCCGGACCAAGGGCGGGGGCCCGCCCGAGCGCGCCGAGCGCAGCCCCGAGCGCGGCCGCAGGGAGAACCACGCGGGCGACGCCGCCAAGGACGGCGCGGGCGGCGGCGGCGCCGCGCUGAGCAACCGCCGGCACGCGGCCGAGGAGCGCGGCGGCCACCACCACCACGGCGACGCGGCCGCCGCCGCCGCCCCGGACGCCAAGAAGGCGCGCGAGGCCGAGCGCAACCACCGGACCGCGGAGGCCGCCGAGGCGCGGGCGGCCGAGGAGCCGCGGCGCGAGGCGCGCAGGCCAGCCACGCUGGGCGAGUUCGCGCAGACGCUGCCGCUGGGCUGGCGCGGGCUGCUGGUGCUCAAGAACAGCUGCUUCCCCACCUGCAUGCACGUGCUGGAGGGCGACCCCGCCGUGCUGGGCGCGCUGCUCCGCGACCACGCGUCCGGCGGCAAGCUCACGCAGCUCAAGAUCGCGCAGCGCCUGCGGCUGGACCAGCCCAAGCUGGACGAGGUGACGCGCCGCAUCCGGCAGGGCAGCCCGCACGGCUACGCGGUGCUGCUGGCCACGCAGGCGCAGGCGCAGGCGGCCGAGCCCGGCGCGCCCGCCGCGGAGCCCGGCCUGCAGCGCCGCCUGCUGCGCAACCUCGUCUCCUACUUGAAGCAGAAGCAGGCGGCCGGCGUCAUCAGCCUGCCGGUGGGCGGCCCCAAGGGCCGGGACAGCUCGGGCAUGCUCUACGCCUUCCCGCCCUGCGACUUCUCGCAGCAGUACCUGCAGGCGGCCCUGCGGACGCUGGGCAAGCUGGAGGAGGAGCACAUGGUGAUCGUGAUCGUGCGGGACGCCGCCUAGCCCCGCGCCCCGGACACUUCCCGAGC